AAGCCAAGCCAAUUGAUCAGCGUGCGCGUUUGGCUUCGCUGUACCUGCUGUACUGAGCGGCUGAGCAAAUGUCAGGAUGACAGUAACGCAAGAAGUGCAUUUCGCCCAUCAUCUAGCGGCAAAUGAAAAGGUAACGAGGGACAGAGCCCUGAGAAAGCUCACAAGAUGGAUACGAGCAAAGUCUGCCCGAGAAGACACAGAAUUCACGGAAGAAGCCCUGAUGAAGCUAUGGAAAGGACUGUUCUUCUGUAUGUGGAUGUCAGACAAACCGUUCGUUCAACAAGAUCUGGCGAACAACAUUGCCGGUCUGAUCCACUGCUUCGCUCAACGCAGCCAGGCCCUCCUGUUCAUUGACACAUUUUUCAAGACAAUGGCCCAUGAGUGGUUUGCCAUUGACAGGUUUCGACUCGAAAAGUUCAUGAUGUUGGUGCGACGCUUCUUUCGCCAAGGCCUGGUGUUGGCGUAUGCGGGAGAGUGGAACGAUGAGAACAUUGUGGAGUUCUGCGAUGUCCUCAAGGCUACAGCCCUCCAUCCGAGCCGCAGAGACGUGCCGUUGGGGCUGAAGAUGCACGUCGUGGACAUUUUCCUGCAGGAACUGUCCAGGGUGCACGGCGGAAAGUUGACUUCGGAGCAGGCGGAACUGUUCCUGCAGCCCUUCUUCGACAUCCUUACAGACUCGCCGGCUGGCACCCUGGUGGAAUUUGUGAGGAACAACGUGUUCUUCCUGAUGAUCGACCUGGACCGGGAGGCUGCCGAGCUGGAGCAGGAGGGGGAGGUCCCCAACUUGGACGAAGAGGGAGAGGAGAAGGACAGCGACGAGGAGGAGGACACCUACGACGAGCACGGCCGAGUCAUGGAGAAGGGCGAGUCGUCGCAGGACCUGCCCGCCAUUCCCUUUGACUACGAGAGGAUAGCAAACAAGCUGUUCGAGUGCACCAAACGGCAUGCUCUCAAGCCGGCUAACCGUCUGGUCAUCACGCGGCUUGUCAAGAAGUAUCGGAGCAUCCUCCAAGAGGGGCUCCUCAAGCCGCCCGCUCCGGAUGACGACCAGGGCGACAUCAUCACGGAGAAGGAGGUAGACGACGCUGCGAUAAGGCUGGAACAGGAGCGGCUGGAGGAGCUGGAGAGGGAGAGGCAGGAGCUGCAGAAGCUGAAGGAAGGCCGUUCGCAAGCAGCAGAUGCCCAGUUUGGGUUCGACUCGACCAGCGGAGCGUACGAGUACCAACGAGCAGGUUCUGACGACGACGUCGAAUCUGGCAGCGAGUCCGACGCGGACAACGACACGACGGAGGACAACGAGGAAGCACCAAAAUCGUCCUCCCUUGAGGCAAAGAAGCGAAAGAAACGUGGGGCUCGUGCUGUUCCACUUGACGAAGAGAACUGCGGCGUCAGUUCCGACGAGGAACCCUUGGAAGCCAAGAAGGCUUCACCCAAGAAGCGAGUACGAAGGAGGUUGCGGAAGUUCGCUGUACCGGAGGCUUCGAGUUUAGACGAGACUGGCCAGGAGGGGAAGGAAUGCUCGCGCGAAGACGAAGCCGAAAGGGAGAUCGGCGCUCUCUUGGAGAACAGAGUGUCAAAAAGUAAGAGGAAACGGGGCGGGAGCAUGGAACGAGUGGGUGACGAUUUGGGCAGCGACAAACCGGAAAGCUUGAAAAAGGCGAGAAAGCGUAGGAGGAAAAUCCGCGCAGAACCGGCUACUUCUGACAGUGGUCAAGGGGUCGAGGCAACUGGCUUGUCGGAGCACGACAUCGGCGAAGGAAUUUCGAAAAAAGUUGCAAAGAAGUCCGGGGUAAAUGGCAUGGGUUCGGGUUUUCCUGGGAAGAAGCAGAAACUUUACGUUGGCAAGAAGGUGGAGAGACUUGUUCUAGGCAAGGCACCUCGAAAGAAGUCCAUCCUGAAGAACAAGGGAGGCUUUGCAAUUGUUUGCAACUUGAAGGCGACAAAAAAGAAUGGUUCUGCCUUGCCAGCCAAAGUUGAAAGCAAGGAUGCUGGUGUAUCUCUGGGACCAAAGAAAAGUAGGAAGGUGAGAAAGCAGGAGGCACUAAAGAGAAAGCAGGAGCAGGUGCCUAACGGAACUCCUGACACUUUCGAGCCGAAGACAGAAUCUCCCAAGGUGGUUGGUUUGACGGGAACCGAGACGGCUGAAAGAAAGCGGGUUCCCUUGAUCACGCUCACGAAAAGAUUGGAUGCUAAAGGACCAAUAUUUUCAAUCAAACCCGAGAGUGGGUCACCUGCGGCUACACAAAGCACUGAGGCGGAAGGGGGGCAGUUCCAAGUGAGCACCCCAACUGCUGCCGUCUUUCGCAAAUGCCUCAGCAAAGUGCAAUCGGAGAAGCCAUAUAGAAUGAAACGGAUGGCACCAACAGAAAAGUUUUCGUUGUCUUUUCAAGGAGAGAAGAAAGUCAACUUUGCCCUUUCAAGGAACAAGUCACAAGAUCCAAGAGAGUACUUUGAAACCCUGAAGAACAGUCCUGAGAUUCCGUUUGACGCCUCCAGAAAACCUGUCCAAGGCGUACUAAAGACCAAUAUGUCCCAGACACCAGCAGGAGUCAAGAGUCAAAAGCGCUCAAGAGCAUCGGAUUUCUUUUAAAGUGCCCCCGCAUUAUGUUUCUCACAAUUUUAAAUUUCCAUGACUGACACAGAUGAGUAUGUGAAGCUGCAGGAAGUAAUAGAGGAAUUAAGAAAAUUUUGAGUUCAUUGAUAUAUAUGUGUGAAACUGAUUCAAAAUAACAAGCACCUUUCCCCUUUG